GCAGCUCCUCCGCACUGACCACAGAGCCACCGGAGGAUGCCCACGCAUCAGCACUUGGUCGAUAAGAUGAGGAGACACUCCUGCUUUGUUUUUUUGUUCUGUGGGAUAUUUUUGCCUGGAAUCCUUGGUUUUCCACAGACAAAUACUUCAAUUGAUUGUGAUUCUCUGUUGCCAAACUAUGAAGUUGAACCACAGACAUCUGCCCCGCCAUAUAUUAUUGCUGUAUCUUUUGAUAACUUUGAGCCAGGAAAUGAAGUCCAAGUAACUCUAGAAGCACUUGGAGAUGCUGGGUUUAAAGGAUUUAAUCUACAAGCUCGAGAAAUAGAUGGAGAUGUUCCUGUUGGUACUUUUAAAAUUACAGAUCCAAACACUAAAGGCUUGGAGUGCCAUAACAUGACGAAUUCAGCAGUGAGUAAUGCCAAUUCAGAUGUGAAACAGAAGGUUACAACAACAUGGGUUGCUCCACAUGAUAUUAGAGGAGAGCUUCAAUUUAUUGCAACUGUUGUUCAAAAUCUAGAGAACUUUUGGGUUGGAAUUCAAAGCAAAACUCUCACACCUACGCUUUCUGAGUCAGUUAAUGCAACAGGAAAAAGCAAAAGGAAGCUUAUGAUAGAAUUAGAAUGUAACAAGCGUGGAGGGACUUACUCAACAGGCCGAUGCAUCAUGGUUGGACCUUCCGGUUCCUCUCAGAGCAGCUAUUCAGGCAGUCAGGGUGGAGUAGUCUACACAAUAAGCAAGAGUGGAUGUGGCCCUGGAGGUGCUGCUGGUGCAUAUGGCAUACAUGCCUGCAGAGAUAGUGCAUCCAGCAGUGGUAUUAGUUAUGGCCAGUCUGUCCCUUCAAGCAGUUCAGAUUCCAGUAAGAAGGUAGUGGUCGUUGCCAACAGCAACCCUUUCCCACCUGUGCGUCACACCUUCCCUCAGAGUUUGGGAAGCUCUGCUACAAGGAUCAUAGUUCAGAGUGGACAAAAACAGCAUACCAGCAGCAGUACUUAUAUCCAGGGCUCCCAAGGCAGCCAGUCCUAUGGCCAGGGCUACAGACCCCAAGGUGGCAGUUCCUAUGGCCUGGGUGGACCAAGUUUCUCAGGCGGCAGCAGCUCCUAUGGCCAGGGUUUUCAGCCUCAAGGUGGCAGCUCCUAUGGACAGGGGUACCAGCCUCAAGGUGGCAGUUCCUAUGGCCAGGGUGGACCAAGUUUCUCAGGCGGCAGCAGCUCCUAUGGCCAGGGCUCCCAAGGCAGCCAGUCCUACGGCCAGGGUUCUCAGUAUCAAGGUGACAGCUCCUAUGGGCAGGGUUCCUCCUAUGAUAGCAAUCCCUGCCACCAGGGUGGAUCACAGGGUGGAUCACAGGGUGGAUCACAGGGUGGUCAGGGUAAUUCGUACUAUGGUGGUAGCCAAGUAAGUAUUGCCUCCCACCAAGGUGUUAUGAUGGUUUUAACUUCUGUGAUGACUGAUCAAUAUCUGAUGGGCAAUAUGGUGAUGGAAAUGAUGAUGGAUCCUACUCACAAAACUAUGGUGGUGGCCAAGUAA